GUGUGGAAGUUAAAGAAACAAAAAUACUUUGACUGGGGCUUUAAGCAAGCAAAUGCUAAAAAGCAACAUAAGGACGAUCCUUAACAGUCAUUUCUCAACAAUUAUAUAGUCAACUGAUGUAACAAUGGUACUAAUAUUGGGACGCAGACUAAACAGAGAGGAUCUUGGGGUGCGUGACUCCCCGGCAACUAAGCGUAAAGUUUUUGAAAUGGACCCUAAAUCUCUGACAGGCCAUGAAUUUUUUGACUUUUCUACAGGAUCAUCCCAUGCUGAAAACAUACUUCAAAUAUUUAAUGAAUUCCGAGAUAGCCGUUUAUUCACAGAUGUUAUCAUUUGUGUAGAGGGAAAAGAAUUUCCUUGUCAUCGAGCUGUUCUCUCAGCCUGCAGUAGCUACUUCAGAGCUAUGUUCUGUAAUGACCACAGGGAAAGCCGGGAAAUGUUGGUCGAGAUCAAUGGUAUUUUAGCUGAAGCUAUGGAGUGUUUUUUGCAGUAUGUUUAUACUGGAAAGGUGAAGAUCACUACAGAGAAUGUACAGUAUCUCUUUGAAACAUCUAGCCUCUUUCAGAUUAGUGUUCUACGUGAUGCUUGUGCUAAAUUCUUGGAGGAACAACUUGAUCCUUGUAAUUGCUUAGGAAUCCAGCGUUUUGCUGAUACUCAUUCACUCAAAACACUCUUCACAAAAUGCAAGACUUUUGCAUUGCAGACUUUUGAAGAUGUAUCCCAGCAUGAAGAAUUUCUUGAGCUUGACAAAGAUGAACUUAUUGAUUAUAUUUGUAGUGAUGAACUUGUUAUUGGUAAAGAAGAGAUGGUUUUUGAAGCCGUCAUGCGUUGGGUAUAUCGUGCUGUCGAUCUGAGAAGACCCCUGUUACAUGAACUCCUGACACAUGUGAGACUUCCUCUGUUGCAUCCCAACUACUUUGUUCAGACAGUUGAAGUGGACCAAUUGAUCCAGAAUUCUCCUGAGUGUUACCAGCUGUUACAUGAAGCAAGACGGUAUCACAUACUUGGGAAUGAAAUGAUGUCUCCAAGGACUAGGCCACGCAGGUCAACUGGCUACUCUGAAGUGAUAGUUGUUGUUGGAGGCUGUGAACGAGUUGGAGGAUUUAACCUUCCAUACACUGAGUGCUAUGAUCCUGUGACAGGAGAAUGGAAGUCUUUGGCUAAGCUUCCAGAAUUUACCAAGUCAGAGUAUGCAGUCUGUGCUCUAAGGAAUGACAUUCUUGUUUCAGGUGGAAGAAUCAAUAGCCGUGAUGUCUGGAUUUAUAAUUCACAGUUAAAUAUUUGGAUCCGUGUUGCCUCUCUAAAUAAAGGCAGAUGGCGUCACAAAAUGGCUGUCCUCCUUGGUAAAGUGUAUGCUGUUGGAGGCUAUGAUGGGCAGAACAGACUUAGCAGCGUAGAAUGCUAUGAUUCCUUUUCAAACCGGUGGACUGAAGUUGCUCCCCUAAAGGAAGCAGUGAGCUCUCCUGCUGUGACCAGCUGUGUAGGGAAAUUGUUCGUCAUUGGCGGAGGGCCUGAUGAUAAUACUUGUUCUGACAAGGUUCAAUCUUAUGAUCCAGAAACCAAUUCUUGGCUACUUCGUGCAGCUAUCCCAAUUGCUAAAAGGUGUAUAACAGCUGUGUCUUUAAACAAUCUGAUCUAUGUUGCUGGUGGACUGACCAAGGCAAUAUACUGUUAUGAUCCAGUUGAAGAUUACUGGAUGCAUGUACAGAAUACAUUCAGCCGACAGGAAAACAGUGGUAUGUCUGUGUGUAAUGGUAAGAUAUAUAUCCUGGGUGGAAGACGGGAAAAUGGAGACGCCACAGACACUGUUCUCUGUUAUGAUCCUGCAACAAGUAUCAUCACAGGGGUAGCUGCAAUGCCCCGACCAGUGUCCUAUCACGGCUGUGUGACUAUUCAUAGAUACAAUGAGAAAUCCUUUAAACUCUGAAACCAGGAUACCUCACCCAAGAAGACACACCAAUCCAAGAUGAGAGAUUCAAAAUCUCUGGAGUGGGAACUUGACAUACUUCCUUUGUGCCAUAUGCAAAAAAAAGUUAGUAAAAAUAAUAAUUGUGGUGUUUUUCUCCCCAAAAUAUCAAUCUUUCAAUCUAUAAAUAAAGCCUUGCCUGUAAUGGGGCAAAUUAUUUUUGUUAAAGGUAAAGGUGGUUGUUGCUUUGCCUUUGAGAAGGUACCUUCAUAAGUAGUUGAAAAAAUUCUGUGUGGAAUGGAAACUAGUAGUUGCCUGCAUACCUUUUAAGAAGUUGUGAAUGCUCUCUUCAUAUAUGUAUGUUUAUCUGUAAGACUGUAUUUUCCUUGUUUUGUCAUACAUGUAGAGAAAAUUGAAAUUUUCGGCUUCAUGUAAGUAGAAUCAUCAAAUGCUUAGAAUACCCAGAAUUCAUUCUAAGAGGGAAAAAUCAUGUAAAAAAAAAAAUUGUCACUAAAACUAUAUCAACGUUGAUUCAUUUUAAAGGGUUUUCUUUUGUAAUUUAUCAAAAUUUGGUGACAGCCAUGUGACUGUAUAAAAUACUGAAUGAUGACCUCAUU